AUGUUCCUGCCUCCCUGCAGUCUUCUAAUGAAGCAAAAGAAAUUUGUCUACCAUUUCAAGAACAUGAGAUGGGCUAAAGGCCGUCAUGAAACAUACCUUUGUUAUGUAGUAAAACAGCGGAAUAGUGCCACAUCCUGCUCCCUGGAUUUUGGAUAUCUGCGUAAUAAGUCAGGUUGCCAUGUUGAAGUUCUCUUCCUGCGUUAUAUUUCCACUUGGGAUCUGGAUCCAAGGCACUGCUAUCGUAUUACUUGGUUCACCUCCUGGAGCCCAUGUUAUGAUUGUGCCCGGCAUGUGGCUGACUUCUUGUGUGCAUAUCCUAACCUGACACUGCGCAUUUUUGCUGCCCGUUUGUACUUCUGUGAGGAGCGCAAUGCAGAGCCUGAAGGGUUGAGACGUCUACACCGUGCAGGAGCUCAGAUUGCCAUCAUGACCUUCAAAGACUAUUUUUACUGUUGGAACACCUUUGUGGAAAACCGCAAAAAACCCUUCAAAGCCUGGGUAGGACUUCAUGAAAAUUCUGUACGUCUUACCAGACAACUCCGGCGUAUCCUUUUGCCUCUUUAUGAAAUUGAUGACCUGCGAGAUGCUUUCCAAAUCCUUGGAUUUUAA